AUGGAUUUCGAGCAGGGCUGGUCACAGAGGGCACAGCGACCGGAGACACAGCGUGCUGAGGGGUCGCGCUGGACCCCAGACCCCAAGACGCGACCUGUUGCCAGCGAACGCAACGCUCGACCCGCUGGCGACGCGUACAUUCCGAGCACUUCCGUUCAAGGCUGGAAAGCUGCACCAGCGCCGGUGGAGCUUGGCAACGACACACUCGACGACACGGACUCGGUGGGCAACGUUGGUGGUGGCGGGCCCCAGACGGGUCCCACGAAGGUCGGCGCCGGUGCCGCUGAACCCGCUUUGACGUUCGGUGCGGCGAGUGUUGGACCCUUUCCACCAGAGCAAGAGCCGGUGUGCCUCUGUCGUGUGCGCUCAGUGGGUGAACUCGCGUUUCAGACCUGGUGCAGCCUGUCCAAGACCCUGCUCUAUUUGUGUGAGUUUACCUGGGCAAUCGUGGUUUUCGGUGUGACAGCGAAUUCCCUGUACAAUGGGAGUCAGUGCGCGCUGUCGAGCACGAACUCGACGGCGCUUUGCCGCUACGCCAUCGCCCUGGGAGUCAUCGGCUGGGUCCUCGUCCUGAUCCUGUCUGUUGUGUAUUUCGCAACCAACGCACUGGCGAGGAUUCUGCCGCCCGUGUACGAGAUGAUCGUGCAGUUGUUUCUGAUGGUCUGGUGGUUCAUCGGCAGUGUUGUGAUUAGUGCAAGCCUUGGAAGCUCCUCUCCGAAUCAGGUCAGCAUCAAUACGGUAAUUGCUUUUAGUUGGAUGCUAUUUGUCAUGCAUUUGGUGCACAGCGGUAUUUGUCUUUGGCAGUGGCUGGAAUCAGCCGGAGUGCUAGCAACGAAGACGACGACGACAACAACAACAACAACGACUAUUGCGCGUGAACAGCACGCACCUGCGACGCGAAAGACAGGACCGCCAUCACCGGUUCUAAGUGACCACACGGUGCACAGCGGCGUGUAG